AAAAGACUAAGUAAAGACUGUAUACGGAAAAGAUUCGCCGGUGUCUGACAUCAUUUUUCCAUCCGGCAGCAAUCAGUAGACAGUUUUUUUUAUAACUUUUCUCGUAUUAACAUAAUUUGAAAACUUUUAAAGUAUGGAUUCGACAAGUGAGGAUAACAUCGUGGUUUUAAAUAAUGGACAGCACAUGCCGAUUAUUGGAUUAGGAAUGUUUCAGACGAAAGAUGGUGAUGAUAUUGAUAGCGUGAUUUCUACAGCAAUCGAUGCAGGAUAUCGACUUAUCGAUACGGCUUUUACCUACAACAAUGAGCACUUACUUGGACAAGCACUUCAGAAGUUAUUCAAAAGCGGAAAAAUUAAAAGAGAGGAACUAUUCAUAACGAGCAAGUUGCCUCCGAAUGGUAUGCAGCCAGAUGUUGUGGAGCAAUUUUUCCAGGUUUCUCUGACUGAUCUUCAACUGGAUUACAUCGAUCUCUAUUUGAUCCACUGCCCUUUUGCUUCUAAGAGACAAGAAGAUGACAGAGAUUUUUUUCCUGUGAACGACGAUGGGAACUAUGAUGCUGAUACUGCUGUUGAUCUCACUCAAACUUGGAAGGUAAGAUGA